AUGGAGGCGUUGGGCCGCCAUUGUGGAAACUACCUCCCUGUGUCUGAGCAGCAAGUCUGCGCCAGCUCAGAAUCAGAGAAUGUGACUGAGAUGCCGAGGACACUGGAUACGGUGAGUUCCAGUGCACUGUUGCCAAAACCUCAGAUGUGUGGUCUUCUGGCCAGGUGUCUACAGGUUCAUAUUGUUGGCACGUUCAUUGUGGCCCUGGGAGUCGCUGCUGCCUAUAAGUUUGGCAUGGUUGAACCAAGAAAGAAGGCUCGAGCUGAUUUCUACAAGAAUCAUGAUUCAGUGAAAGAGUUUGAAGAGAUGAGGAAGGCUAGUGUCUUUCAGAGUGGGAAGUGA